UUCAGCAAGAAUGUUUUUUUUUUUCAGGAAUGUUGUUGUUUCUGUCUUGUGAUUUCUUGUAAACAGCUGUUUGACCUUGUACUAUUUUUCAAAAUAAAUUUGUGAAUAUUUCUUGUCGUAAUAUUGUAUGUGCAGUAGAUUUUAACUGAGAGAAAUAUUAACAUUAAGCUUAACCUGCAUGGACAUUUUCAGAAAAUGGCUGGUACAAAUGAAAUAAAUAUCUGAAAGAAUUUUGCUCGAAUCGCCUUCAUUUAUUUGUUCUCAGAUCAAUAAUUAGAUCAAACAAGCUAGAAGUGAUAAAUGCAUGGAUCAUAAUAGCCACUUGGUAACCCAGCUCAAUGGUUUCUAGCAAUUUUUAAAAUAACGUCAAAACACGCUUGCAAAGUGAGACAAAAUCAUGUUUAAUUUCUUACAAAAGUAGCUACAAAUAAGCAAUUUAUUGUCUACAUUUUGGCAGAAAAGCAUAAAUGCCAGAAUACUUUUUAUGUUAAUAAACUCUUAUUAACCACCACUGCCUAUCUUUCAUUGAACAGGGACAAAAAAAAAAAUAAUGUUUCAGGUCCUUUUGGAAACUGUCACAUCCGAUCAGCUGGGUAAGAGCCGAACAUUACCGGGAAAACUCGAUGUUGGACCCGAACGUCCCGUGAGUUCGUAGGCCUACUUCCUGGUCCAGCUGUGACCCACCAGUCUGCAUGCCCCCCGUCACUUGCGGCUCGGAGCGCAGGAGGCUCGAAUGCUGGCCUCAGGAUAGUGGUGCGGAGGUUUCCAGCCCACCCGCAGCUGCUCCUCUCGUCUGCGAACGAUUUACGGAUGCGUGGAUUUCAUUUCUGCCAUUUGUUUAUUAGGAGUCCUACAAGCGUUUUGCUGUCACGGCCCCCGGCUCGGGAUGUAAACACGCCGGCCUGCGCUCAUGAUCGGAGCUGAGGCUGAUUCCUCAUCAUCUGACUCCUCCUCACAUUAUUUCCCCGGAUCUUCGUCGCGACUUGCCCGGUUUCAUUCCGGAGCGGAGGAGCUGCCGUCGUCUCCAAUGGCGUCAGUUUCGAAGGUGUCCAUUCUGGAUUACUUUAAUAUUGUCUUCGAAGGCGAAAAUGGCAAAAUCGAGUCCAAUUGUAAGGCGUGUGGCACCAGGAUCCAGGCGAAACGGAGCGUUACGUCCAACUUCGUUACUCAUCUCAAGCGUAAACACCCUGCUAUGUAUGAUGACUUUGUGAAAAGGAAGGAUAUGAAGAGAGAGGGUUAUUCCUCUGCUUGCCUGCACAGCUUCACCACCACCGGAGGAAACCCCCGCCUGACUCUCCCUGUGUCAGCUGGAGGUGGAGSAUCUGCAGGAGGUGCUGGAGGAGUGGGGACCCUGGAGGGAGGCGCAGGAGGAGGUUCUGGAGCAGCAGGGCUGACCAAGUUUGACAGGCAUGACCCACGUCAGGUUCUGAUCUCUGAGGCGAUAGCUAAGAUGAUCGUGUGCGACCUGCAGCCAGUGUCCAUAGUGGAAAAUCAAGGUUUCAGAGAGUUGCUUCAGCUUUUGGAGCCCCGUUACACUCCUGAGCCGCAGCACUACAUUCAGGGCCAGCUUCUUCCAGCCUAUGCUUACCAGGCCCAGCUGGCGACCCGUCAGGCCUUGGCAUCAGCUCAGACCCUCAGUCUCAGCCUGGAUCUUUGGAGCAGCUCRACUCAAACCACUUCGGGGUAUCUUGGUGUCACCUGCCAUUAUCUUGCAUCUGAUUGGCGGAUCCGCUCAGCUCUGCUGGCAUGCCUCCCACUGAGCGGUGGAAGCUCUGGCAGUCGUGUGCUCGCAGAAUUUGAUGAAGUCUGUCAAUCUCACGGCGUGUCUGGGAGAGCGUUCUGUGUCGUGGCAGACCCUUUCCUGGCAACGACAACGGCGAGGCCGUGCUAUCUCCCUGGUUUCUUGUUCCCACCUGCUCUCAAUAACGGACAGGUUGGAGAUAACACAGAGAUGGCCAAUAACGGGAACGAUGCAGAGCAAGGGAUCAGAAAYGGCCAUGGUGCUGGCGGAGAGGAAGGAGACUGGGAGGAGUCGUGGGAGCARGGUUUUGGAGUUUCUCGGGUAAACUGUUUCUCACGCUCUCUGGAGCAGUGUGUUCGAGAGGGACUGUGCUCCUGCCCACAGAUCUCCUCUACCCUGGCCAAGUCAGCAUGUUUCUAUAACUACAUUACCUCAGCUGUCCCACCUGAGAAACUCAGCCAGGUCUUUGAUGGGUUGACAAGUGGUGGACUGGGAAAURUUUUGGAUGCUUCAAGAGACUGGGCCGCUCAGCUCAAGGUGCUUCGGCGGCUGCUGGAUUCCGUGGAGUUUCUGGAGGAGAUGAGCGGGCCAGGGGAGCUGGCGCUGGGUGCUACAGAGCGAAUCCUGCUGAGGGAGCUCACUGACACUCUGGAGCCCUUCACUGAGGCCUGGGACAUGGUGCAUGGAGACAUCCUAGCAGACAUUCAGUCGGACAGACAUGUGUCCAUCAGCCUGGCUCUGCCCUGUGUCCUCGGCCUCCGGAAGCAUCUCUCGGAGACGUCCGCUCCCCACUGCCCAGCCCUUCUGCUGAGCCUGAGCCAGUCUCUGGAGCGCCUCUUGGCCCCUAUUCUGGAGAACCCCCUCUACAUCACUGCGACCACCCUGGACCCCCAGUUCAAGCUGACAUGGAGCAGCAACCCUGACUGGCACAGACAAGUUCUCAUAGAGGAGUUAUCCAAACACUCCUCGGCCUCCCCCUCAGCAGAUCUCAACAAAGACUUUCAGUCCCAGACUCUUCCUGUCCCGGCACCGUCUCCGGUCUCGUCGCUGUCUCGGCCAUGCAAGUUGUUCUCAUUUAUUAAGCAGAGACCCGCAACACAGGCUAAAAGCCUGGAACAGGAGUUGGCAGUCUACCUUCGGGAGGAGCCCACGGAUGAGGAGGCUUUGCAUUACUGGCGCCGUAAAGCUAUUGACUUUCCUCUGCUAGCCCAAGUGGCUAAAAGAGCGUUCACAAUACCUGCUUGUAGCACAGCAGUGGAGAAUAUCUUCACUACAGCUGGGCACCUCCUGUUGCCAGAGAGAGGCUGCGUCUUACCAAAGAACCUGGAGACUCUCAUCUACCUCAAAGCUAACUACAAACUAUUAUGGAGUUAGAACUGCUAGAACCACGAUUCAAGACUUUCUUUUAUCUAAACAGCACCUGAAGAUGUCCCCCCCCACCCACACACACACACACACUUUGUAAAGUGACUUCUUGGAUACAAAUCUUUCUUGCUUUUGAAGAAAACUAUUCCAGCAACAUAAUAGUGCCCAAAGUGAAGGCCAUUUUGUAUGAAACUGAAUGAACUACCAGUUUCUAUUCACAAAAUGGGUUUAAGUGUGGAUUGCCUGUAUACAGACUAUUACUGUCGACUGAGACAGCGAGAAGCAAAUCAAUACUAAAGUAUUCACUCUGGCAUUAUUUUGCCUGUGUAAGGUCUCUAGACAACCACAAAACUCGUAUUGUCWGUUUUCAACAUGAAAAGUAGCUUCUGUCUGCAGCAGCCCACUGACAAAUGACAACCAAAUGACAACCAAUUAAUGCAUACUGAGGUGUCAGAUUUAUGUACAAUAGGCUGCYGUUACUUUAUUAUCAAAUUCUUUUAAAGGAUAGCAUCAAUUGCUAAACCAAUACUGUAUAUCCAUGCAUCAUAUUGUUUUYCUUUAUGUAUCUGUGCCUCCUCACUGGGGUUUUUAGAAUAAAUGAGUUCACUUUUUAACAGA